CACGGCGCACGCCUACGUCACGGCUCUCGUCGCUCAGAGCUGUCAUUUGACCAGAGCCUCGCUGGAGUCUGUUUCAUUUAACCGACGACAGCAGGAGCGGUGAUUUUCUCUCUUCCUCUUCCGUGGAAUAAAUCGUAUAGCAUUCAGUGGUAGACCGCACUGGAAAAUGUCUGAUAGCGGAGGAGGCGGCGGAGACGACGGCUCGGGCACCUUGGAGGUGUCCGCCGCCGUGCAGACCGUUGCUGACACGUCUGUGCUGCAGAAGCACAUCCGCAAGCUUGUCCCGCUGCUCCUGGAAGAUGGCGGCGAGGCCCCGGCCUCCCUGGAAACCGCCCUGGAGGAGAAGAGCUCGCUGGAGCAGAUGAGGAAAUUCCUCUCGGACCCGCAGGUCCACACCAUCCUGGUGGAGAGGAACACCUUGAAAGAGGAUGUUGGAGAUGAGGGAGAAGAGGAGAAGGAGUGCAUCUCUUACAACAUCAGCAUUGAUAUUCACUAUGGGCUCAAGUCAAACAGCCUGGCAUGCAUCAAGAGGACAGGGGUCAUCGAUGCUGACAAGCCCAUUUCAUCACAGCUGCGUGUCCUGACGCUCAGCGAGGACUCUCCUUAUGAGACACUACACUCCUUCAUCAGCAACGCCGUUGCCCCCUUCUUCAAAUCCUACAUCCGGGAGUCUGGGAAGGCUGACAGGGAUGGCGACAAGAUGGCGCCCUCCGUGGAAAAGAAGAUCGCGGAGCUGGAGAUGGGGCUCCUGCACCUGCAACAGAACAUCGAGAUCCCCGAGAUCAGCCUGCAGAUCCACCCCAUCAUUACAAACACGGCCAAGCAGUGCUACGAGCGUGGGGAGAAGCCCAAGGUCACCGACUUCGGGGAUAAAGUGGAGGACCCCACCUUCCUCAACCAGCUGCAGUCUGGGGUGAACCGCUGGAUCAGAGAGAUUCAGAAGGUGACCAAGCUUGACAGGGACCCUGCCUCUGGAACGGCACUGCAAGAGAUCAGUUUCUGGCUCAAUCUGGAGCGUGCGCUGAACCGCAUCCAGGAAAAAAGGGAAAGCCCUGAGGUUCUUCUCACCCUGGACAUCCUCAAACACGGCAAACGUUUCCACGCAACUGUCAGCUUUGACACUGACACUGGUCUGAAACAGGCUGUGGAGACUGUCAAUGACUACAACCCCCUGAUGAAAGACUUUCCACUGAACGACCUUCUGUCAGCCACAGAAUUGGACAAAAUUCGCCAGGCCCUAGUGGCCAUUUUCACCCACCUGAGGAAGAUCAGGAACACUAAAUAUCCCAUUCAGCGAGCCCUGCGCCUAGUGGAAGCUAUUUCAAGGGACCUCAGCUCCCAGCUUCUCAAAGUCCUGGGGACCAGGAAGCUCAUGCAUGUGGCCUAUGAAGAAUUUGACAAGGUGAUGGUGGCAUGCUUUGAGGUUUUUCAAGCCUGGGAUGAUGAGUAUGAGAAGCUUCAGGUGCUGCUGAGGGACAUUGUGAAGAGGAAGAGGGAAGAGAACCUCAAAAUGGUGUGGCGCAUCAACCCCGCCCACCGCAAGCUGCAGUCCCGCCUGGAUCACAUGAGGCGCUUCAGACGGCAGCACGAGCAGCUUAGAGCCGUCAUCGUGCGCGUCCUCAGACCACAGGUAUCCGCUGUCCCCCAGCAGACUCCAGGGGAGGCAGUGGAGCCUCCAGACCUGAAAGUUGCAGAGGUUCUUUUUGACGCGGCGGACGCCAACGCCAUCGAAGAGGUGAAUCUGGCCUACGAGAAUGUGAAGGAGGUGGACGGGCUGGACGUGUCGAAGGAAGGCAUGGAGGCGUGGGAGGCGGCGAUGAAGCGCUACGACGAGCGGAUCGACCGCGUGGAGACGCGCAUCACCGCCCGCCUGCGCGACCAGCUGGGCACGGCAAAGAACGCCAACGAGAUGUUCCGCAUCUUCUCCCGCUUCAACGCCCUGUUUGUGCGCCCGCACAUUCGGGGGGCCAUUCGCGAGUACCAGACCCAGCUCAUUCAGCGCGUGAAGGAUGACAUCGAGUCCCUGCAUGACAAGUUCAAGGUACAGUACCCCCAGAGCCAGGCUUGCAAGAUGAGCCACGUACGCGACCUGCCUCCGGUUUCCGGCUCCAUCAUCUGGGCCAAGCAGAUUGACCGUCAGCUGACCGCCUACAUGAAGCGAGUGGAGGACGUGCUCGGCAAAGGUUGGGAGAACCACGUGGAGGGGCUGAAGCUGAAGCAAGACGGCGACAGUUUCCGCAUGAAGCUGAACACCCAGGAGAUUUUCGACGACUGGGCCCGCAAGGUCCAGCAGCGGAACCUGGGCGUGUCGGGCCGCAUCUUCACCAUCGAGAGCACACGGGCGCGGGGCCGCAGCGGCAAUGUGCUGAAACUCAAGGUCAACUUCCUCCCCGAGAUCAUCACCCUCUCCAAGGAAGUGCGCAACCUCAAGUGGCUGGGCUUCCGGGUGCCCCUGGCCAUCGUCAACAAGGCCCACCAGGCCAACCAGCUCUACCCCUUCGCCAUCUCCCUGAUUGAGAGCGUGCGCACCUACGAGCGCACUUGCGAGAAGGUGGAGGAGCGCAUCUCCAUCUCCCUGCUGGUGGCCGGGCUGAAGAAGGAGGUGCAGGCUCUGAUCGGAGAGGGCAUCGCCCUCGUGUGGGAGUCUUACAAGCUCGAUCCUUACGUCCAGCGUCUGGCAGAAACUGUCUUCAACUUCCAGGAGAAGGUGGAUGACCUUCUCAUCAUUGAGGAGAAGAUUGACCUGGAGGUGCGCUCUCUGGAGACCUGCAUGUAUGACCACAAGACUUUUACCGAGAUCCUGAAUCGAGUUCAGAAGGCAGUGGAUGACUUGAACCUGCACUCCUACUCCAACCUGCCUAUAUGGGUCAACAAGCUAGACAUGGAGAUCGAGAGGAUCCUGGGUGUGCGUCUGCAGGCCGGACUCCGAGCCUGGACCCAGGUCCUGCGAGGACAGAUGGAAGACAAAGCAGAUGUGGACAUGGACACUGACGCUCCUCAAGUCAGUCACAAGCCUGGAGGAGAACCAAAGAUCAAGAAUGUUGUACAUGAGCUGAGGAUCACGAAUCAAGUCAUCUACCUUAACCCUCCCAUUGAAGACUGCCGGUACAAGCUUUAUCAGGAGAUGUUUGCGUGGAAGAUGGUCAUCUUGUCUCUUCCCCGAAUUCAGAGUCAGAGAUAUCAGGUGGGGGUGCACUAUGAACUGUCUGAGGAGGAGAAGUACUAUAGGAAUGCCCUGACCAGGAUGCCUGAUGGCCCUGCUGCCUUAGAGGAAGCCUACUCUGCUGUCAGAGAGAACGUUAAUGAGGUGGAGCAGUAUGUGAAGGUUUGGCUCCAGUAUCAGUGUCUGUGGGACAUGCAGGCAGAGAACAUUUACAACCGUCUCGGGGAGGAUCUGAACAAGUGGCAGGCUUUGCUGGUUCAGAUCCGAAAAGCUAGAGGAACCUUUGAUAAUGCCGAGACCAAGAAGGAGUUUGGCCCUGUGGUCAUAGACUACGGCAAGGUCCAGUCGAAGGUGAACUUGAAAUAUGAUUCUUGGCACAAAGAAGUUCUGAGCAAAUUUGGGCAGAUGCUUGGACAGAACAUGCAGGAUUUCCACUCUCAGAUCUCUAAGUCCCGCCAAGAGCUGGAGCAGCACUCUGUGGACACCGCCAGCACCUCCGAUGCCGUCACCUUUAUCACCUAUGUGCAGUCCCUGAAACGCAAGAUCAAGCAGUUUGAGAAGCAAGUCGAUCUUUACCGCAAUGGCCAGCGUCUACUGGAGAAGCAACGGUUCCAGUUCCCUCCAUCCUGGCUGUACAUCGACAACAUCGAGGGAGAGUGGGGGGCGUUCAGCGACAUCAUGAGGCGCAAGGACACGGCCAUCCAGCAACAGGUGGCCAACCUGCAGAUGAAGAUUGUGCAGGAGGACCGCGCCGUGGAGAGCCGCACCACCGACCUGCUCACAGACUGGGAGAAGACCAAGCCGGUCGCUGGAAACCUUAGACCAGAGGAAGCUCUCCAGGCCCUGACCAUCUACGAGGGCAAGUUUGGACGCCUGAAGGACGACCGAGAGAAAUGUGCCAAAGCCAAGGAAGCCCUGGAGCUAACCGACACUGGGCUGCUGAGCGGGAGCGAGGAGCGCGUGCAGGUGGCUCUGGAGGAACUGCAAGACCUGAAGGGAGUGUGGUCAGAGCUGUCUAAGGUGUGGGAGCAGAUUGACCAGAUGAAGGAGCAGCCCUGGGUUUCUGUGCAGCCACGCAAGCUGCGUCAAAGCUUGGAUGGUCUCCUGAACCAGCUGAAGAACUUCCCAGCUCGUCUCCGGCAGUAUGCCUCCUAUGAGUAUGUGCAGAGACUGCUCAAGGGCUACAUGAAGAUAAACAUGCUGGUGAUCGAACUGAAAUCGGAGGCACUGAAGGACCGGCACUGGAAGCAGCUGAUGAAGAGGCUACAUGUGAACUGGGUGCUGUCAGAGUUAACGCUGGGCCAGAUCUGGGAUGUUGACUUGCAGAAGAAUGAGGCUAUCGUCAAAGAUGUUCUGCUGGUUGCACAGGGAGAGAUGGCCCUCGAGGAGUUCCUCAAGCAGAUUCGGGAGGUGUGGAACACCUACGAGCUAGACUUGGUCAACUACCAGAACAAGUGCCGGCUGAUCCGUGGAUGGGACGACCUUUUCAACAAAGUCAAGGAACACAUCAACAGCGUCUCCGCUAUGAAGCUCUCUCCAUACUACAAGGUGUUUGAGGAGGAUGCACUGAGCUGGGAGGACAAGCUGAACAGAAUAAUGGCGCUGUUUGAUGUAUGGAUAGAUGUGCAGCGCCGCUGGGUCUAUCUGGAGGGCAUCUUCACCGGCAGUGCUGACAUCAAGCACCUGCUGCCAGUCGAGACUCAGAGAUUCCAGAGCAUCAGCACCGAGUUCCUGGCCUUGAUGAAGAAAGUGACAAAGUCCCCACUGGUGAUGGAUGUCCUGAACAUCCAGGGUGUGCAGAGAUCUCUGGAGAGGCUGGCAGACCUGCUGGGAAAGAUCCAGAAAGCCCUGGGAGAAUACUUGGAGAGGGAGCGCUCAUCCUUCCCACGGUUCUACUUUGUGGGUGAUGAAGACUUGCUGGAAAUUAUUGGUAACAGCAAAAAUGUAGCCAAACUGCAGAAACACUUCAAGAAGAUGUUUGCGGGCGUGUCCAGCAUCAUUCUGAACGAGGACAACACCGAAGUGCUGGGCAUUUCCUCCCGAGAAGGAGAGGAGAUUAUUUACAAGACCCCAGUUUCAAUCACAGAGCACCCAAAGAUCAAUGAGUGGCUGACUUUGGUGGAGAAAGAGAUGAGGGUGACCUUGGCCAAGCUGCUUGCAGAGUCCGUCACUGAAGUCGGAGUGUUUAACAAGGGUACAGCCAUUGACCUGGCCACUUACAUCAACUGGAUCGACAGAUACCAAGCCCAGCUUGUGGUUCUGUCAGCUCAGAUUGCCUGGUCUGAAAAUGUGGAGAAUGCCCUCAACACCAUUGCUAGUGCCAGUGGAGGAGACAUGUCUCCCAUGCAGGCGGUGCUGUCUAACGUGGAGGCCACUCUCAAUGUGCUGGCCGACACUGUGCUGAUGGAGCAGCCGCCACUACGCAGGAAGAAACUGGAGCACCUGAUUACGGAGCUUGUGCACCAGAGGGACGUCACCAGAACUCUUAUGAAGAACAAGAUUGACAACCCCAAGUCCUUUGAGUGGCUCUGCCAGAUGCGUUUCUACUUCGACCCCAAGCAGACAGAUGUGCUGCAGCAGCUCUCUAUCCAGAUGGCCAAUGCCAAGUUUAACUAUGGCUUUGAGUACCUGGGUGUCCAGGACAAGCUGGUGCAAACACCCCUAACUGACCGCUGCUACCUGACCAUGACACAGGCUCUGGAGGCUCGGCUUGGUGGAUCUCCCUUCGGUCCGGCUGGGACAGGGAAAACGGAGUCUGUGAAGGCUCUUGGUCACCAGCUGGGACGCUUUGUGCUGGUAUUCAACUGUGAUGAGACUUUUGAUUUCCAGGCAAUGGGCCGAAUCUUCGUGGGGCUAUGCCAAGUGGGCGCCUGGGGCUGCUUCGAUGAGUUCAACCGACUGGAGGAGAGGAUGCUGUCGGCUGUCUCGCAGCAGGUCCAGUUCAUCCAGGUUGCCCUAAGAGAACACAACAAUCCCAACCGCGACCGUGCAGGCAGUCAGACCAUCACCUGUGAGCUGCUGAACAAGCAAGUGAAAGUGAGCCCAGACAUGGCCAUCUUCAUCACCAUGAACCCAGGCUACGCCGGUCGCUCUAACCUGCCAGAUAACCUCAAGAAGCUCUUCCGCAGCCUGGCCAUGACCAAGCCUGACCGCCAGCUGAUUGCCCAGGUCAUGCUUUACUCCCAGGGCUUCCGUACUGCUGAGAUCCUGGCCAAGAAGAUCGUCCCCUUUUUCAAGCUGUGUGAUGAGCAGCUGUCCUCCCAGAGUCACUAUGACUUUGGCCUGCGUGCCCUGAAGAGUGUGCUGGUGAGUGCAGGAAAUGUGAAGAGAGAGCACAUCCAGAAGAUCAAGAGAGAGAAGAGAGAGCGUGGAGAGGAUGUGGAUGAGGGAGAAAUCGCGGAGAAUCUACCUGAGCAGGAGAUCUUGAUCCAGAGUGUGUGUGAGACCAUGGUACCCAAGCUGGUGGCAGAGGACAUCCCACUCCUGUUCAGCCUGCUGUCAGAUGUGUUCCCAGGGGUGCAGUACCACCGCGGAGAGAUGACCGCCCUGCGCGAGGAGCUCAAGAAAGUCUGCGCAGAGAUGUACCUCACCUAUGGAGGAGGAGAAGACGUGGGAGGCAUGUGGGUGGAAAAGGUGCUGCAGCUGUACCAGAUCACGCAGAUUAACCACGGGCUGAUGAUGGUGGGCCCCUCUGGUAGUGGGAAGUCCAUGGCCUGGAGAGUGCUGCUCAAAGCCUUGGAGAGACUGGAGGGGGUUGAGGGAGUGGCCCAUAUCAUUGAUCCAAAGGCUAUCAGCAAAGACCACCUGUACGGGACACUGGACCCCAACACCCGAGAGUGGACUGAUGGCUUGUUCACACAUGUGCUUAGGAAGAUUAUUGACAACGUGAGAGGUGAGCUACAGAAGCGCCAGUGGAUCAUCUUCGAUGGUGAUGUGGACCCUGAGUGGGUGGAGAACUUGAACUCGGUGCUGGAUGAUAACAAGCUGCUUACCCUGCCCAAUGGAGAACGUCUCAGUCUUCCACCUAAUGUGCGCAUCAUGUUUGAGGUGCAGGACCUGAAGUAUGCCACACUGGCUACAGUGUCGCGCUGUGGUAUGGUAUGGUUCAGUGAGGACGUCCUCAGUACCGACAUGAUCUUCAACAACUUCCUGGCACGGCUGCGCAGCAUCCCGCUGGAUGAGGGAGAAGACGAGGCACAGCGCAUGCGCAAGGGCAUGGAGGAUGAAGGCGAAGAGACUGCCUCCCCUAUGCUGCAGAUCCAGAGAGACGCUGCCACCAUCCUUCAGCCAUACUUCACCUCCACGGGGCUUGUGAUCAAGGCGCUGGAGCAUGCCUCCAAGAUGGAGCACAUCAUGGACUUCACCCGGUUGCGCUGCCUGGGGUCCCUGUUCUCCAUGCUGCACCAGGCCUGCCGCAACGUGGCGCUGUACAAUAACAACCACCCUGACUUCCCCAUGCAGAUUGACCAGCUCGAGCGCUACAUCCAGAGGUACCUUGUGUACGCCAUCCUGUGGUCGUUCUCUGGAGACGGCAGGCUGAAGAUGAGAGCCGAGCUGGGCGAAUACAUCCGCCGCAUCACCACCAUCCCCUUGCCUUCUGCUCCCAACGUGCCCAUCAUCGAUUACGAGGUGUCCAUCACAGGAGAGUGGCAGUCCUGGCAAGGCAAGGUGCCCCAGAUUGAAGUGGAGACCCACAAGGUGGCGGCUCCAGAUGUGGUGGUGCCCACGCUGGACACUGUCCGCCACGAGGCGCUGCUCUACACCUGGCUGGCUGAACACAAGCCCUUGGUCCUGUGUGGCCCACCCGGCUCCGGCAAAACCAUGACCCUCUUCAGCGCUCUCCGCGCCCUGCCGGACAUGGAGGUGGUGGGCCUGAACUUCUCCAGUGCCACCACCCCGGAGCUGCUGCUGAAGACCUUCGAUCACUACUGCGAGUACCGGCGCACGCCCAGCGGGGUGGUGCUGGCCCCCGUGCAGCUCGGCAAGUGGCUGGUCCUGUUCUGCGAUGAAAUCAACCUGCCGGAUAUGGACAAGUAUGGCACACAGAGAGUCAUCUCCUUCAUCAGACAGAUGGUGGAACAUGGCGGGUUCUACCGCACCUCGGACCAGACCUGGGUGAAGCUGGAGAGGAUCCAGUUUGUCGGGGCCUGUAACCCCCCCACAGAUCCCGGCAGGAAGCCUCUAACACACAGAUUCCUGCGUCAUGUCCCAGUGGUAUAUGUGGACUAUCCCGGCCCGGCUUCGCUCACCCAGAUCUACGGCACAUUUAACCGCGCCAUGCUGAGACUUAUCCCCUCCCUGAGGACGUAUGCAGAGCCGCUCACUGCAGCCAUGGUGGAGUUCUACACGAUGUCACAGGAGCGCUUCACACAAGACACCCAGCCCCACUACAUCUACUCCCCUCGAGAGAUGACGCGGUGGGUGAGGGGCAUCUUUGAGGCCCUGAGGCCCCUGGAGACAUUGGCAGUGGAGGGCCUGAUCCGCAUCUGGGCUCACGAAGCACUGCGCCUCUUCCAGGACAGGCUUGUUGAAGAUGAAGAGAGACGUUGGACAGAUGAAAACAUAGACACAGUGGCUCUGAAACACUUCCCCAACAUUGACCGAGAGAAAGCCUUGAACAGGCCCAUCCUCUACAGCAACUGGCUGUCUAAGGACUAUGUCCCAGUGGAUCAAGAAGAACUGAGAGACUAUGUCAAAGCCCGUCUGAAAGUGUUCUAUGAAGAGGAGCUGGAUGUACCCCUGGUGCUGUUCAAUGAAGUCCUCGAUCACGUCCUCAGAAUUGACCGAAUUUUCCGCCAGCCUCAAGGUCACCUCCUGCUCAUCGGAGUCAGCGGAGCAGGGAAGACCACCCUGUCCCGCUUUGUGGCCUGGAUGAACGGCCUCAGUGUCUAUCAGAUCAAGGUUCACAGGAAGUACACAGGUGAGGACUUUGAUGAGGACUUGAGGACAGUACUUAGGCGCUCUGGCUGUAAGAACGAGAAGAUCGCUUUCAUUAUGGAUGAGUCCAACGUGCUGGACUCCGGAUUCCUAGAGCGUAUGAACACUCUGCUGGCGAACGGAGAGGUGCCAGGUCUGUUUGAAGGAGAUGAGUAUGCCACGUUGAUGACGCAGUGCAAGGAAGGGGCACAGAAGGAAGGGCUGAUGCUGGACUCUCACGAGGAGCUGUACAAGUGGUUCACCAGCCAGGUCAUCAGGAACCUGCAUGUGGUGUUCACCAUGAACCCUUCCUCUGAGGGACUGAAGGACCGUGCCGCCACCUCCCCUGCCCUCUUCAACAGGUGUGUGCUGAACUGGUUUGGAGACUGGUCUACAGAAGCCUUGUACCAGGUGGGCAAAGAGUUCACCAGCAAAAUGGACCUGGAGAAGCCCAACUAUGUUGUGCCAGACUACAUGCCCAUUGUGUACGACAAGCUACCCCAGCCACCCACUCACAGAGAGGCAAUUGUCAACAGCUGCGUGUUUGUGCAUCAGACUCUGCACCAGGCCAAUAACCGCCUGGCAAAGCGUGGCGGGCGCACCAUGGCCAUCACCCCUCGCCACUACCUGGACUUCAUCAAUCACUACGCUAACCUGUUCAACGAGAAGCGCAGCGAGUUGGAAGAGCAGCAGAUGCACCUGAACGUUGGGCUGCGAAAGAUCAAAGAGACUGUGGACCAGGUGGAGGAACUCCGAAGGGAUCUGAGGAUUAAAAGCCAGGAGCUGGAGGUAAAGAAUGCUGCUGCCAAUGACAAGCUGAAGAAGAUGGUGAAAGACCAGCAGGAGGCAGAGAAGAAAAAGGUUAUGAGUCAGGAAAUUCAAGAGGCUGUUUACAAGCAGCAGGAAGUCAUUAAAGACAAGCAGAUGAGGGUGAAGGAGGACUUGGACAAAGUGGAGCCUGCUGUGAUAGAAGCUCAGAACGCUGUGAGCUCUAUUAAGAAGCAGCAUCUUGUUGAAGUGCGUGCCAUGGCCAACCCACCUGCUGCUGUAAAGCUGGCUUUAGAGUCAAUCUGUCUCCUGCUGGGAGAGGAGACUAGUGACUGGAAAAAGAUCAGACAAGUUAUUAUCAGAGAUAAUUUCAUCACCAGCAUAGUCAACUUUGUUUCAGAAGACAUGAGUGAUUCAAUCCGUGAAAAGAUGAAGAAGAAUUAUAUGUCCAACCCCAGCUACAACUACGAGUUGGUCAACAGGGCCUCUCUGGCCUGCGGGCCUAUGGUGAAGUGGGCUAUAGCUCAGCUUAACUAUGCUGACAUGCUGAAGCGUGUGGAGCCCCUGCGCAAUGAGCUGCAGAAGCUGGAGGAUGAUGCCAAGGACAACAAGUCGAAGGCCGAGGAGGUGGAGCAGAUGAUCCACGACCUGGAGUCCAGCAUCGCGCGCUACAAGGAGGAGUACGCUGUGCUCAUCUCGGAGGCACAGGCCAUCAAAGCUGACCUGGCUGCCGUCGAGGCCAAGGUGAACCGCAGCACAGCCUUACUGAAGAGUUUGUCCGCUGAGCGAGACCGCUGGGAGAAGACGAGCGAGACCUUCAAGAACCAGAUGUCAACCAUUGCAGGAGACUGCCUGCUGUCUGCUGCCUUCAUUGCUUAUGCUGGCUACUUUGACCAGCAGAUGCGCCAGAAUCUCUUCACCACCUGGUCACACCACCUGCAGCAGGCUAACAUCCAGUUCCGCACAGACAUUGCAAGGACCGAGUACUUGUCCAAUGCUGAUGAGCGCCUGCGCUGGCAAGCCAACUCGCUGCCUGCUGACGACCUCUGCACGGAGAACGCAAUCAUGCUCAAGAGAUUCAACAGGUACCCUCUGAUCAUAGACCCAUCAGGACAGGCCACAGAGUUCAUCAUGAACGAGUACAAGGACCGCAAGAUCACUAGGACCAGUUUCCUGGACGAUGCCUUCAGGAAGAACCUAGAGAGCGCGCUGCGAUUCGGAAACCCCCUUCUGGUGCAGGAUGUGGAGAGCUAUGACCCCAUUCUGAACCCAGUGCUAAACCGGGAGGUUCGCCGGACUGGAGGCCGAGUCCUCAUCACCCUGGGAGACCAGGACAUUGACCUGUCCCCAUCCUUCGUCAUCUUCCUCUCCACCCGAGACCCAACGGUGGAGUUCCCCCCAGACCUGUGCUCUCGUGUGACCUUCGUGAACUUCACAGUGACGCGCAGCAGCUUGCAGAGCCAGUGCCUGAACGAGGUGCUGAAGGCUGAGCGGCCCGAUGUGGACGAGAAGCGCUCCGAUCUCCUCAAGCUGCAGGGCGAGUUCCAGCUGCGUCUGCGACAGCUUGAGAAGUCCCUGCUGCAGGCCUUGAACGAGGUCAAGGGGCGCAUCCUGGACGACGACACCAUCAUCACCACGCUGGAAAACCUGAAGAAGGAAGCGGCGGAGGUGACACGCAAAGUGGAGGAGACGGACAUCGUCAUGCAGGAAGUGGAGACGGUGUCCCAGCAGUACCUCUCUCUCUCCACUGCCUGUAGCAGCAUCUACUUCACCAUGGAGGCUCUCAACCAGAUCCACUUCCUGUACCAGUACUCCUUGCACCUCUUCCUGGAUAUCUACCAUACUGUGCUGUAUGAGAACCCCAACCUGAAGAGUGUGACUGACCACACGCAGCGCCUGUCCCUCAUCACCAAGGACCUCUUCCAGAUUGCUUUCAACAGAGUGGCAAGAGGUAUGCUGCACCAAGAUCACAUCACAUUUGCCAUGCUUCUGGCCAGGAUCAAUCUCAAAGGCAUGACCAGCGAACCCUCUUUUGAUCCCGAGUUCCAGCAUUUCCUGCGGGGGAAGGAGAUUGUGCUGACUGGGACCAUCUUGCCAAAAGUCAAGGGCCUGAGCACUGAGCAGACCGAGGGCAUGAUCAGACUGAGCCGCCUGCCUGCCUUCAAGGACAUUGUCUCCAAGGUUGAGGCUGACGAGCAAUUCUUUAUGUGGCUGGAGAGUAACUCGCCAGAGCUGUCGGUACCAUACCUCUGGACUGAAGAGAAAACAUCCACUCCUAUUGGCCAGGCCAUUCACCAGCUCCUGCUGAUCCAGGCCUUCCGGCCCGACCGCCUGCUGGCCAUGUCCCACAUCUUCGUGUCCAAGGUCCUGGGAGAGAGCUUCAUGUCCAUCAUCGAGCAGCCACUGGACCUCGGCAGUAUUGUGGACACCGAGGUGAAGCCCAGUACUCCAGUCUUGAUGUGCUCCGUCCCUGGCUAUGACGCCAGCGGUCUUGUGAGAGAUUUGGCUGCUGAACAGAACAAACAAAUUACAUCAGUUUCUAUUGGAUCUGCUGAGGGAUUCAACAAAGCAGAUAGGGACAUCAACACAGCAGUCAAGUCUGGCAGGUGGGUGAUGCUGGAGAAUGUUCACCUGGCUCCUGGGUGGCUGAUGCAGCUGGAGAAGAAGCUCCACUCCAUGCAGCCCCACGCCAGCUUCCGCCUCUUCCUCACCAUGGAGAUCAACCCCAAGGUCCCAGUGAACCUGCUGCGUGCCGGGCGCAUCUUCGUGUUCGAGCCACCUCCAGGCGUGAAGGCGAACAUGCUGAGGACCUUCAGCAGCAUCCCCGUCUCCCGCAUGUGCAAGGCCCCGAACGAGCGUGCCCGCCUGUACUUUCUCCUGGCUUGGUUCCACGCCAUCAUCCAGGAGCGGCUGCGCUAUGCCCCGCUGGGCUGGUCCAAGAAGUACGAAUUUGGGGAGUCGGACCUGCGCUCAGCCUGCGACACAGUGGACACCUGGCUGGAUGACACCGCCAAGGGUCGGCAGAACAUCUCUCCUGACAAGAUACCUUGGGCAGCCCUGAAGACGCUGAUGGCACAGUCCAUCUAUGGCGGGCGAGUUGACAAUGAGUUUGACCAGAGACUGCUCAACACCUUCCUGGAGCGCAUCUUCACUACAUCCAGCUUCGACAGCGACUUCAAACUGGCCUUUAAAGUCGAUGGUCACAAGGAUAUCAAGAUGCCUGAUGGCAUUCGGCGGGAGGAGUUUGUGCACUGGGUGGAGAUGCUCCCUGACACGCAGACUCCAUCCUGGCUGGGGCUGCCAAGCAACGCUGAGAAGGUCCUCCUCACAACACAGGGCAUUGACAUGAUGGGCAAGAUGCUGAAAAUGCAGAUGCUGGAGGAUGAGGAUGACCUCGCCUAUGAGACGGAGAAGAAGCAGCGCACGAGCUCCACGUCCGACGGGCAGCCCGCGUGGAUGAGGACCCUGCACACCACUGCCUGCAACUGGCUGCAGCUCAUCCCCCAGUCUGUCAACCCUCUCAAACGCACUGUCGAGAACAUCAAGGACCCCCUGUUCCGCUUCUUUGAGAGGGAGGUGAAGAUGGGCGCGCGACUGCUCCAGGAUGUGCGCCAGGACCUGGCAGAUGUGGUGCAGGUGUGCGAGGGCAAAAAGAAGCAGACCAACUACCUGCGCACGCUCAUCAACGACCUGGUCAAGGGCAUCCUGCCUCACAGCUGGUCUCGCUACACAGUCCCAGCCUCCAUGACUGUAAUCCAGUGGGUGGCUGAUUUCAGCGAUCGGGUGAAGCAGCUGCAGUUGAUCUCCCAGGGAGCAGCCAGCGGAGGAGCAAAGGAGCUGAAGAAUAUCCAUGUUUGUCUGGGAAGCCUGUUUGUUCCAGAGGCCUACAUUACAGCCACACGUCAGUACGUGGCUCAAGCCAACAGCUGGUCCCUGGAGGAGCUGUGUCUGGAGGUCAAUGUCACCACGUCCCAGGGUGCCGCCCUGGAUGCCUGCAGCUUUGGCAUCAAAGGUCUGAAGCUCCAGGGUGCCACCUGCAGUAACAACAAGCUGUCCCUGUCCACCGCCAUCUCCACAGAGCUGCCCCUCACUCAGCUGCGCUGGAUUAAACAGAUGAGUGCCGAGAGGAAGGCCAACACGGUUACUCUGCCUGUGUACCUGAAUUUCACUCGUGCUGAUCUGAUCUUUACGGUCGACUUUGAUAUCGCAACCAAGGAGGACCCCCACAGCUUCUAUGAGCGAGGAGUGGCUGUGCUUUGCACUGAGUAAACGCAUCACAGCUCCAACGUUUAACUAUAACUUUCUAGAGGAAAAUCAAAUAACCAUAGUCAACAGUUUAACUGCAUUAGAACUAUAUAAGCUCAUUAUACUUUGAAAGGGAGAUCAGAGUGUCUGAGAAAUGUUGGCGGAUGGCCUGAGAUGGAGGAAGUGAGGGUUAGUUGGCAAGGAUGGUUUUUAUGAAGGAAUCUGCAUAUUUUAUGGAGAGAAAAUGAAAAGUUGAGAAGUGCGUGUUACCCAUGUCAAAAUACAUAAUAAAAUGUCUCCAUUGUC